AUGGGUGCUUCGAACGGAGCCGCUUUUUUACAAGAAUUCGUAAAUGGACUGCCAUUUAUUCACUGCGACAUUGCCGGAACCGCCGCCAAAUCAAAAACCAAACGCGGAACUGGUGUUAUG